AAAAUGCCGCCGUUAGGAAUAAGGAAAUAGGAAAUUGGAAAUUGGAAAACAAAAAGCAUUAUAAGUUUUUAUAGUUUUCAUAAGUUUUCAGUGUUUGUGUUAUUGUAACAACUGAACUGUCAUAAAAUUUGAAAUCAAAAGCAGUGAAGGCAAAAAUUAAAACUGCCAGAUACUAAUUUUAAUAUCUAGACAUGGAAAGGUCCAGGAAAAAAAGAGAUGAAGUGGAACCUAUGGAUGUGGACGAAAAUAGUAACGAUCAGAAUGGAGAAAACGGUGAAAUUGACCACAUAUCUGAUGACGAAGAAGGCGGGAUGCGUAUAGGUGAUAUCUACAUACCGCCGGCGCCAAAACCGGCGUUAACAUUCGACGCUACUGGACCGAGAUUGAUAAUAACUAGCAUAAUCAAUGAAAACUUUAAAAGCUACGCUGGCGUACAAGUUUUGGGUCCAUUUCAUAAGAGUUUUACAGCUGUUAUAGGUCCCAAUGGCAGUGGAAAAAGCAAUGUGAUAGACUCUAUGUUGUUUGUGUUUGGCUACAGAGCUACCAAGAUUCGUUCCAAGAAGAUAUCUGUCCUAUUGCAUUCGUCGAGCAAGUUUCCAAACAUUACACAUGCAUCAGUUGCUGUUCACUUCUGUCAGAUUAUUGAUGGGGAAGGUGAUAAGUUCACAGUAGUACCAAACAGUGAAAUAGUGGUGUCCAGAACAGCUCACAAAGACAACUCGUCAUAUUACACGCUCAAUGGAAAAAGAGUACAGUUUAAGGAGGUCGCCAAAAUGUUGAGAUCACAUGGCAUUGACUUGGAUCACAACAGAUUUCUUAUUUUACAGGGUGAAGUAGAACAAAUAGCCAUGAUGAAACCAAAAGGGUUAACAGAACAUGAGUCUGGUAUGCUGGAGUAUUUAGAGGAUAUUAUUGGCACUUCAAGAUAUAAGGAACCAAUAGAAAAGCUGUCAGUCAAAGUUGAGGAGUACACAGAAAUGCGGAAAGACAAGCUCAACAGAGUCCGGCUGGUUGAACAAGAGAAACAGAAAUUGGAGCAGCCGAUGAGGGAGGCGGUGGAACUCAUGAAUUUGACCAACACCACAUUGAGGACCAGGAAUAUGCUGCUACAGAAGUACAUUCAUGAAACUAACAAAAUUAUCGAAAGCAAGACUAAAGAAAUGGACGAACUAAAGGAGGUAUUGACUAAAAUUGACGAGAAACUGUCCAAAAUCAAAGAGACUUUGCAAGAGAAGACGACAGAAUUAAAGAAUGGCACACAACAAUACGACGAAUUACGUAAACAAAAAGACGAACUGGGCGAAAAGAUCCAGCAGUGUAAGAGAAAAACUGUGACAGCUCAAGCGGAUUUGACUCAAGCCAACAAGAAGAAGAAAAAUCUAGAUCAAUUAUUGGAACAAGAGAAAGGGAAGUUGAUUGAGUUGGAAUUGGUGCCUGAGAAAAAUAAACGUGAAAUUGAAGAUUGCGAGAAACUACUGGAAAAGCACAAGGAAAAUAAAGUGACAGCAGAGGAAGAGCUACAAACUGUUAUGGCUGGAGUGAGGUCAAAGACUCAAGGGCUUCAAGAACAAAAAGAUAGGCUGCAAUCAAAGUUGAUGGAUCUAAAGAAAAUUGUAGACGAAUCAAACAGGAACUAUUCAUUGGCUGAAUCGGAACUCAAAAUAUAUUUGAGCACAGAGACAAAGGAAGCGGAGAAGUAUGAGAAGCUGAAGGAUACAUAUGAAAAUGCUAUUAAGAGUUUGGAAGAGAAGAAUUCGUUACGUGAAGAACUAUCGUCCAAAAUACCCUCUGAAGAGAAAAAAUUGACGGAAAUACAGAAAAAAUUGCUUGCGAUUAAAAGAGAAGACUCAACUGUAUCAACUGAAGCAAGAAGCUUAAGAGGUCAACUGGAAGAGUCGAGGCAGGCGUUAACAGCUAACAGAUCGCGGGGUCGGGUGCUUGACUCUUUGAUGAAAGAAAAGAGGGCUGGAAACUUGCCCGGCAUUUUUGGAAGAUUGGGUGAUCUCGGCGGUAUUGACGCAAAAUACGAUGUAGCCAUAUCAACAUGUUGCGGUGCUUUAGACAACAUUGUGGUGGACACGGUGGACACGGCGCAGGCGUGCGUCGAGUACUUGAAGAGACACGACAUCGGGCGCGCGACGUUCGUAGCGCUGGAGAAACAGCAGCACCUCAUCAGUCGGAUACAGAAUAGGGUUAACUAUCCAGAAAGAGUGCCGCGACUUUUUGAUCUCGUGAAGGUGAAAGACGAGAGGGUGUUGCCAGCGUUCUACUACGCGUUGCGAGAGACUCUGGUGGCGGAAGAUUUGGACCAAGCGUCUAGAAUCGCGUACGGCGCCACCAGAUACAGAGUUGUGACCCUUGACGGGAAAGUCAUUGAAGUUGUUGGCACAAUGUCGGGCGGAGGUAAAACGGUGUCUCGCGGUCGUAUGUCGAGCUCGGUGCAGCAGGACACCAGUGAACACGACCCCGCCGCCAUACAGGCGAGCGAGCGGAGACUCACUUCCCUGGAACAGAGAUUAUCAGAACUCAGAAGCGAACAGGUUAACCUUGAAGAGUCUCUUUCGUCCAUACAAAGAAGUGUCAGAGAAGGCAAAGUUACUUUGCACAAGUUGGACAUUGAGACGAAGAGUUUAACUGAGCAAGUGCCUACUUUAGAAAAUCAAAUAACAAUGCAAGAGAGCAAGGUCGCGUCGAGCAAAGUGGACGCGAGGCAGAAGACAAAGUUGGAAGGUGUGUUGAAAGCCGCCGAAGAGAAACUGGAGAAAGCGAGACAUGACGCCGGCGAAGUAGAGAAAGAAGUCCACGGCGUAGACGCACAGAUAGCUGCGGUGGCGGGGAACAAAGUGAAGGACUUGCAGAAGAAUGUCGAUGACCUCGCAAAGAAGAUUGACAAGAUCUCCACCGAGGUCACUAAACUGAAGGUCGCUAUAAACACUAGCAUAAGGAAUUCAAAGAAGUCCAAAGAUAAAAUAAAUCAAAUGGAAGCAGAUCUAAAGGAAACGGAGAAGAAUAUCGAAUCAUUAAAUAAUCAAAAGAAGCAACUUAGUUUGGACAGUGCACAGUUUCAAAAAGAGUUUGAUGAGUUAGAAGAACGAAUCAACGAAGGCACAAGCGAAUUCAGCGGUCUCAGACAAGAGAUAUCGAAGUUACAGAGCAAAGAGAACAAAAUGAAGAGCGAGCGAUUGGAAGCCAACAACGCUGUCAGUAAAAUGGAAAAGUCCAUCCAGGACUGCGCCUCCAAACCGCCGUUAUGGGAAAAGGAGUUGACUACACUUAAACUGGAAGACCCCGGGUUCGACGGUGUGCCGGGAAUCGAACGGCCGACCCCUCUGGUGCGCCACACGGCCGAGGAGUUGGAGGAGUGCGCGGUGGACGAGAUCAGGAACCGAUUGGCUGCUCAGAAGGCAAGGGUCGGUGACAACAAGCCCAACAUACAGGCUGUCCAGGACUACAGAACAAAAGAGGAGCUCUACAUCAAACGAGCGGCCGAGUUAGACGAGAUCACGACUAAGAGGAAUGAAAUGAGAGCCUUGUACGACCAGCUCAGAAAGAAGAGGACUACAGAUUUUCUUUGCGGUUUCAAUACAAUAACAGCUAAAUUAAAGGAGAUGUACCAGAUGAUAACACUUGGCGGUGACGCGGAGUUGGAACUGGUCGACUCGCUGGAUCCAUUCACAGAGGGAAUCAUUUUUAGUGUUCGGCCACCAAACAAAUCUUGGAAGAACAUAUCAAACCUAUCCGGGGGUGAGAAGACAUUGUCAUCCCUUGCGUUGGUGUUUGCGUUACAUUACUAUAAGCCCACCCCCUUGUAUGUGAUGGACGAAAUCGAUGCUGCUCUAGACUUCAAGAAUGUUUCCAUUGUGGCCAAUUAUAUUAAGGAGCGCACAAAAAAUGCCCAAUUCAUAAUAAUAUCACUCCGGUACAACAUGUUUGAAGUCUCCAAUCGACUCGUGGGCAUUUACAAGACGGAAGAUUGCACCAAAUCCAUCACUAUAGAGAACGAACUUCCCGAAAAGGAUGAAGCUGAUAUUUUGGCGUAGAUUGCGGCUUAAAACUCACUAUAACGCCUCGGACGCCUCGCCUCGACAGUAACUUUUAUGUGAAACUGCAUACUUUAAAGCAGACUAAUAGGAUAUGGAACAGAAACGUUCGCGGAUAAAAGAAAAAUAAAUAAAUCACUCAGAAGAGAAUAUAAUGAUUAUUAUGUAUAGAUAUUCUAUAUAUAACAAUAAGGUGUACAGACACGUUUGUGUGUAUAAAUUAUCAUCUGCUAGUAAAUGGUUGCUAAAGAUUUUAUAAUGGUUUUCGAUGUCACACAUCUUCCUCAAUGUCUCACUUUAUAAUUAAAAAAAAAUCUGUUGUUCUGACGUUCUUUAAACUAGAAUAAGUAAUUAAUUUGAUAAAUAAUUAAUUAGAUAUAUAUUUUACUAACGAAUGCCUCGUGGUUUCAUCUGUAUGGUUUAUACCAAUACUUUAACCAUAUGAAAGCCACAUUUCUAUGGUUAAAGUAUUAGUAUAGGCUCACAUUCGCAUUUAUCUGUAAUAUUAGUUAGAAUUAAAUUUGUUAAUUUACGGCGAUUCAGUUAGCUGUGGUUAUAUUGUGAUGUCAUAACGAAUGUUAAAACUGUAAUUUUUUCUUGUAAUUGUUUAAUGCAUUGAGUACAAAUAAAAAA